AGACAGCCCCAGCCCCAAGAGACAGCGCCUCUCCCACACGGUCUUCGAGUUCCCGCCCGUGUCGCCCGCGCCCUCGCCGCCCAUGCGACCAUGGGAGCUGACAUCGCAUCGGCAGCCGCCGGCAGCGCGGCCCGGCCAGCACCUCUUCCCGGGGGAGCGGUGCCACACGCCUGCACGCAGCAGGAGGAGCCCUCCUGUCCGGCGUCAGAGGGCAAGGAGAGACCGCCUGCCGCGACACAGCUCCGCUAACCAGGAUGAAAACUUCCACCACCUCCCCUAUGGGCAGCAGCCGGCAGCAGAGGAGCCACGAGCCUUCCAUGCACCCAACGUGUCUCCUCGCUUGCUGCACCCUGCCGCUCAUCCGCCACAGCAGAACACUCUUGUGGUUGACAUUCAUGAGCAGCUUCAAGGCCCAGUGCCGGUCUCGUACACAGUGACCACCGUGGCGCCGCACGGGAUCCCACUUUGCACGGGCCAGCACAUCCCGGCCUGCAGCGCGCAGCAGGUCCCGGCUUGCUCCGUGGUGUUCAGUGGGCAGCACCUUCCCGUCUGCAGCGGGCCACCCCACAUGCUUCAGGCAUGUUCGGUCCAGCACCUACCAGUACCGUAUGCAGCAUUCCCACCCCUCAUUUCUAGCGAGCCGUUCCUUUUGCACCCUCCCCACCUCUCUCCACACCAUCCUCCUCACUUGCCACCUCCAGGGCAGUUUGUUCCUUUCCAAGCACAGCAGUCGCGAUCGCCACUUCAAAGAAUAGAAAAUGAAGUAGAGCUGCUUGGAGAACAUCUUCCUGUAGGAGGUUUUACAUACCCUCCCUCAGUCCAUCCACCAACAUUGCCUCCCUCAGCUCCUCUCCAAUUCUUAGCCCACGACCCUUUACACCAGGACGUGUCAUUUGGUGUAUCCUACCCAGCGUUUGUGCCGCGACGGCUGCCGGGCCGCAGCAGGUACCGAUCGCAGGCGCCGGUGCCGCCGCAGCCCUACCCUGCCAGCCUGCUGCCCUACGUGCUUAGAUCAAUGCUCCCAGUGCCACCGGCAGUUGGACCAGCUUUCAGCUUUGAGUUGGAUGUGGAAGAUGGGGAAGUGGAAAACUAUGAGGCACUGCUGAACUUGGCAGAACGUCUGGGAGAAGCAAAGCCCCGAGGCCUGACCAAGGCAGACAUCGAGCAGCUUCCAUCGUACCGGUUCAAUCCCAAUAGCCACCAGUCAGAACAGACCUUGUGUGUAGUGUGCAUGUGUGACUUUGAGUCAAGGCAGCUACUUAGAGUCCUACCCUGUAACCACGAGUUCCAUGCCAAGUGUGUCGAUAAAUGGCUUAAGGCGAAUCGAACGUGCCCCAUCUGCAGAGCCGAUGCCUCAGAAGUGCCCCGCGACUCCGAGUGAGCAGGACGGGCUCCUGGCUGCGGCGGACACUCGUGCACGUGGGCGCUCUCUGCGAACACAGCCCUCCCUGCACACACCACGGGCAGCGGACCUGCUUUUGCACUGUGUGACUUAAUCGAUUAUAAAGCUUAUAAUAAUUAGUCUUCACAAUUAUGGGAUUGUUUUACUAACAGAGUGAUUGGAACUCCGAAGACUUUUUUUUUCUUUUGCUUAAUUUUGUGCGUGCACUAACAUUCCCUGGGUUUUGUGUGAUCAUUCCGAGUGUUGCUGCGAGAUUACAGUGGAUGUGAUCUUUAAGCAUGUGCUUUUAUAUAAAAGAGAAAGGAGAAAAAAAAAAAGUGGUAGCUCCAAACAAUAUAGCAAUCUACUUUACCUAGAGCCUUCCGAUACUGUGAGUGGGAGCAAAUGGUGCGAAUGAGCGUUUGCUUGUGCCAGGGUGCGAGGCUGGGCAUGCGUGUGCUUGAGAACCUGUAUACCAGCAUGUCCUGAGGACGUGUGCUAUUAAUUAUGCUGCAAUGUAUAACCUUGUGUGUUAUUUAAGCAGUACUAGUACUGUACACUGGUUUCUUUCCCUGUGUUUGCAGUUGCACACUGAAUGCGAUGGGUGCAGCAAUUGCAGGCGUUUAAUAAUCCCUCCCUGA